AUGUUUUACGCUGGUGCCAUUUUUCGUGCCGCACUGGCGUCUCAUCGGCCCGUUUUGGAGUCAUCUGUUUCUGCCAGCGCUGCUGUGAGACGCCUCUUGGGUGGUAAAGGAGAUCGUGUCCCCAAUGUUCAUGCAAUUGAUUCAGUUAUAACCAAGACUAAGGGUCAGGGUUUACCUGGACUGGCGUGUGUGGUGGGGAGGGCUGCAUUUUACGUCAGCUGCAGGAACCCAGAGGCUGCGAUUACCGAGAUUGACAAAGUUUUUCCUGAAAUUCAGAAUGCUGAAUUGAAGCGUCUUGCACUUGGAAUUCGUCUCCAGGCAAGGACUGACCUUUUGGACGUCAAAGAAGCAGCUUUGAAGGUGGAUGGGGGGUCGACAGAGUUGGACGUAUCUACGCUUCGCGGCGCUGUCCGUGAGGACUAUGAAGCUUUAAAAUCGGCUUCCUCUGGAUGUUGGCUGGUGGAAAUGGCGGCAGCUGAAUAUGCGCUUUAUGAAGGAAACGCAGAGAAGGCGUAUAAGGCUUUGCGUGACGUGGAAGAGAAGAUAGGGAGUUACAUUGCCUCACUUGGAGGGGUCCAAAUUUCUCUUGAGGCAGCUUCUGUGGAGAACACACAAUUACCUUCAUUGUUGGCUUUUUUGUUAAAGCGUGCCCAGGAUGCUGAAGGGGUGAAUCCAUCAGCUUCAAAAAUUGUAGAAGAAGGCAUCAAAAGCAUUUUGAAAGAUGAUUCGGUUAAAGAGUCUCUGUCAGUAUUUAAAAAAGAACUCGGUGUAGCUCUUACAGAUGGGGAAGCCGCUGAAGUUGCCCACGUUCUUGAUGCAGCACAUGUCCAUCAUCAUUUUCACGACUAUUUUCCAUUGGAGGGAGAAUAUAAUGAUUGGCAUUCUGUAGGUGCGGAAGACACCAAGAAAAGGAUUGCCCAGACGAUUGCACCGCAGCCUGUCAUUCUUUCCAAUAAAAUACUUGAGAAUGUGAAAAACUCAGUGCCAUAUAGGCCUUUUUAUGCCCCUGAAGAUCAGCUUCGAAAGUUUCUUUCUUCCUCCGAUCGGGAAAAUUAUCUUGCUGAACUCAGGGCAACAUUUGGUUCCAGCCCAGAGAGCGCGCUUUCAAACAACGAUGAGGCUUAUUUUGAGGCCUUGAAAGCUUUGAAGCAGGCUCCACUUUCUGCGGAUACAGCUGGUGAUCCUUCUUACCCGCAGAAACUAAAUGAGCUCUGCGGCAAAUUGGCCCGUCAGCUGCUGUAUCGAACAAAGGUUAAUGAAGCUGUUGCGUUGACUGAGCUUGACCGUCUCAGUGAAGCAGUAGAAGUUUUGGAUGAAGUGAUUGCCGCAAACGAAUUUAUUUACAUGUGGCGUGCGUUUCUUGCGAGAGGGGAGGCAAACAAGAGAUUGGGACUUAUCAGUAAAUCUGAUAAGGAUUUUCGUCAGUUGUCGCAGCAGAAGAAACGUUUUCGCCUGAAGGUAUAG